UCUGUUCAAGAUGGCCGCCUGAGUGGAGAAUUUACACAUCUCCAAAUAAAACUAAUCCAACAGCUAGCUUUUCCACACAACUUUAACCGCCUUCCACGGAGAAUGAGACGUCGAUACGGGCGUUCUUUGCUCAUAUUUUAAAAACGGAAUACAAGCACAAUUGUUGAAGACGACGUCGGAGUUAUGGAAUAAAACAGUGGUGGAAUUUGAGGGGGUUCAGGGCCCUUUGUUUUAGCCCAGCAUGGACAGCUUCUUCAAAGCAGCUGUAUGUGAUCUGGACAAACUGCUUGAUGACUUUGAGCUCAAUACUGAGGAACUUGAAUGCAAAUCUGUUUUCCUGAAGCCGUCUGUGUACCCCUUCUCACUGGGUCCUCAGUGUUUAUCCUCCGAGGCGCCCCCUGUCCCACCAAACCUCCCUGACCUCAACUCUCUUCAUUAUGGUUCUGCCACCAGCAGCUGCCCCGACCGCUCCGGCAGUCAAAACCGCAGCGCUGAUGAUAGAGAGGUCAAAGGUCAGCCUCUCACAGGAGUUGACCUCCUCUCGUCUGUGGAUCGCAGGCCAGCCAAAAGCUCCGCCCCUCCCUGUCCGGACAGAGCUCUGAAGCCAGUGUGUGACCUUGUGAAUGACACGAGCUCGGCCAUCCUGGUCCGGGCCAACAGCCACGAUGCGUUCAGUGAGCUGGAUGUGGUGGAGAAGCAAAUGGAGGAGGAGCUGCUUGUGGACUUUGACAGCCCUGUGGUCACUGUACAUGGCGAGGAGCAGGCCCAGCCAAGCCAAAGCACCAGCUGCAGAGACCCCACGGAGGAGCAGGCCUCUACAGGGAAAGAUGAGCUGCUGGGUUUGGAUUCCCACGAGCAGAUCGGCGGAUACUCGGCUUCUCUCAGCCUGCUGGAUGUCAUUCUUCCUGCUGCAGUGGAGAGGAGCUGCGAGCCCACAGAUGAUUCACCGUCACCAAGAGCCAGCAGUGAGUCAGCUGAGGGAGAGGAGAGGGACUGUGAGAGGCUGGCUUGCACAAACCAAGUGGUGGAUAACUCUUUAGACCACUGUGAACCAGAAGCCACUCUGCCUGAUGAUAGUAUUAAAGAAACAACAACAACAACCUCAAUGAACAGAGAGGAAGAGCCACAAGAAGCCUCCGAUAAAGAAGAAGCAGAUUCCCCCGUCUGUCUAAAUUCAGGAUCUUCAGACAGCGAACCAGUAGGUUUAUCAUGCUUGCCCAUAGCUGUGUCCAUGUGUGGAGCUCUUGUAAACACAAACAGCACAGAGGAAGAGUCGGGACAAGCUGCAGAGCAGUGCAAUGAAGCAGAAGAUGUUUCUGAGAGCACAGAGGCAGACUCCCUGUCAGCCUUGGAAGCAAGGGAGGAUAGGUCCCGCUUAGACGAACCUGUCGACUCGUCUGUGUCCCAGCCGUUUGCAGAGGGCAGGGCGUCACCAGAGGGACAGCAUCUCGCUCCUGAACCUUCUGCUCCUGCUGUCCCCGCAGCGGACCUCGCUUCCUGUGAUUGUUCAGAACCCAGCCCUGUGGAUCCGCCCGAGUUUGGCUUUGAAUAUCUGCCUGAGAGCGACCAGGCCGAGCUGCUGGUCACAGACGAGGAGCUGGAUGCGUUCCUGCAGGCGCACGCAGAAGCAGAGCAAGGUGGAGGUGUGUCUUACUGCCACUCAACACUCACUCAACCUGAGAAUCUCUCUGAGUCCAGUGGAGAUCUGGAGGGCAGGCUGGUGGGAGAGGAGCUGAGGAGCUGUGGUCGGGGCCGACGGGAAGAGCUCGAGGGUCUGGCUUGUCCAGAGAGUGACAGAACAAUGUGUGUGUCUGGAGAGGGAGGUUUAAACCCCGGUGCUCCAUCACAGGACUCUUGCAGACCUUGCCAAGAAGAGCCAGAACUUUCCUCUGAGGGAAGCCAUUCUUUGACCAGCAACACUUCCCAGCACAGCGGUAGCCCCGACCAACAGCCCUCCUAUGGAGGCGCGAGACCCAAACAGCUGCACUGCCAAACUGUUCGAUCUCCACCAGCAGGAGAAGAAGAAGAAGACGGAGAGGAGCAAGCUCAGGCGCUCAGUACAGCGGAGCAUGAAGAAGAGAGUUCACCCACAAGUCUUACAGAGGAGCAUUCCAACAUCAGGGAUUUGAGCCCUAUGUACACCACUCAGGAGCAUCAGGAUUACAGCGUAGGGUAUGAUGAACUCUCAGAGCCCCCGCCUUACCCUGGGGAGUCCCCCACAGAGGGGGCCAGGUCGGUGAACUGGAAGAGAGAGGGGGCGGAGGAGCUGGGGAGCAGACAGCCCGCCUGGGUGCCAGACUCUGAAGCUCCCAACUGUAUGAACUGCUACCAGAGGUUCACUUUCACCAAGAGGCGGCAUCACUGUCGAGCCUGCGGGAAGGUUUACUGUGCGGUGUGCUGCUACAGGAAGUGUAAGCUGAAGUACCUGGAGAAAGAGGCUCGCGUGUGUGUCGUCUGCUUUGAUACCAUACACAGAGCCCAGGCCCUGGAGCGGAUGAUGAGUCCUUCGGGUCCCAGUCCAAACCCCAACGUCCCAUCUGAGUACUGCAGCACCAUCCCGCCUCUGCAGCAGGCUCGAGCCGCCGGCACUCUGAACUCUCCUCCGCCGACCGUCAUGGUGCCUGUGUCCGUUCUCAAACACCCAAACAACGACAGUUGUCCUCGUGAACAGAAGCGCGUGUGGUUCGCUGACGGCAUCCUGCCCAACGGAGAGGUGGCCGACACGACCAAGCUGUCGGUGACGAGCCGCCGGAGCUCCCAGGAGUUCACCGCCGUCUCACCAGACCAAACAACACCCGGCUCAGAGCUCGGAGACGACGGCUUCUCUGCUCCUGAAACUUCUUCCGGGGCCGUGGAGGUUGUUCGACCUCCGUUGUCUGGACCCUGGGACUACGCCCUGCUCUCUGGGAUCGGGACUUCAGUGAGGAGGGUCCCCAGUCUGCUGCCAGAUAACGAGGACGAGCUCCCUCCUCUGCUCAUCGCCACUGGAGAGGAUGAAGCAGGAGAUGUUUUGGUUGAAGAAAGUCCGGCUCCGUGUCAGAUUCUACACUUGUUAGAAGAAGGAGGUCCCCGACCGCUGACGUUUGUUCUGAACGCAAACCUGCUGGUCAACGUCAAACUCGUGACAUACUCUGGUCGGCAGUGUUGGUGUUUCGGCUCUAACGGGCUGCAGGCGCUGGGGCAGAGAGAGUUGGUGUUCUUGUUGGAGUGUUUGCCAGAAGAAAAAACUCUCCCGAAAGACCUCUUCACACUCUAUCUCAACAUUUACCAAGAGGCCCAGAAAGGGAAGUUCUUGGAGGAGCUGGACAACGUGACGUUCACCAGCAGUUUUCUGGGCAGUAAGGACCACGCUGGGAUGCUGUUCUUCUCUUCCACCUGUCAGCCUCUAGAGGGCCUCACGCUCCCCUCGCAUCCUUUCCUGUUCGGCCUGCUGGUCCAGAAGCUGGAGGUGCCCUGGGCCAAAGUCUUUCCUCUCCGGCUGCUUCUACGGCUUGGAGCUGAAAACACCGGUGUGUUAGACUGUUGUGUUCAGGGACGCGCACAGAAACCUGUGUAUCCCACGACUUUGACAAGUGUCCGUUUUCGGGACUCUGUGUAUCGAGAGACGGGACACACCAUCAUGAACUUACUUGCUGACUUGAGGAACUACCAGUACAGUCUGUCAGUGGUGGAGGGCCUCAGGAUCCACAUGGAGAUGGGACACAGCUACAUCGACAUUCCCAAAAGCAGCUUCAAUGAGAUGCAGAAGGUGGUGAAUGCGUCCAACGAGCACGUCAUCAGUAUCGGAGCGAGGUUCAGCGCCGAGGCCGACUCUCACCUGGUGUGUUUUCAGAACGAGGAGGGAAACUAUCAGACGCAGGCCAACAGCAAGCCAGGCAAGACCCGCACAGUGACUGGAGCCAGUUUUGUUGUGUUCAACGGAGCUCUGAAAGCCUCAUCAGGCUUCAUUGCAAAGUCCAGCAUUGUUGAAGAUGGUUUGAUGGUGCAGAUUCCUCCAGAGACCAUGGAGUCUCUGCGCGGCGCCCUGAGGGAGCAGACAGACUUCCACAUCCCCUGCGGCAGGAACGACGGAGGGGAGCUCCGAGAAAACGUCACCGUCCGCUGGGUCGACUGGAGUUCACCUGUCAACACGGGCAGAACAAGCGGCGUUGAUGGGAGACCGUUGGACGGCGUCAGCAGUGUGAAGAUGCAGCAGGACACGGAGUUUGAAUCUGACGGACGAACCAUCAGAUGCACCGAGGUGUUCUACCAGCUGAAGGCUCCAGACUGCAGCCUGGCGUCGGUGCUGUCCUCCUGCAGCGUCUUUCAGAAGGAGAUGGCGUUGGCGGCCUGCAGCGCUCUGACUCCUCACCUCGCCGUGCUCACCUCCAGCGGCAUCAACUCGCUCUCCCUUCGCAUCUCGACACAAGCUGAUAUGGUGGAGUACCAGGCCGGCAGCGGAGGCAGGCUCCUCCCUCAGCGCUACAUGAACGAGCUGGACAGCGCUCUGAUCCCCGUCAUCCACGGAGGGAGCGCUUGUGUCCCACAGACUGCCAUGGACAUGGAGUUCACCUUCUACAUCACACACGCCAUCUAACGCACACGCAGACACACUUCAAACCCGAAUAAAAACAAAAGGAAUCCACUGAACAGAAGGUGUUUGAGCACAGAGAGAGGAGCUGUUGAUGCUGAUGCAACGGCUCAUUUUUUUUUUGCACAGCUGGACGUGCAGCCGGCCGCCGAGGACACGUAGCCGCCGGCGCCACAUUCCCACUUUGAGGUCGGGGAUGUGAUUUCGGAAGGAUGUAAACUGGAGAUGCGAGGUGUGUUUGUGUGUUUCGCGCUCACCAAAGCUGCUUUAAACGCAAGAAGCCAAACACUAAACAAGGAUUAUAACGACGACAACAACAACACGACCAAAUACAACCAAA